AGCCGCCAUCUUGUUGUUGAUCCUACCCAGUGGGCAGCGCCAGGAGCUGGACCGAGCGGCCGGUGCGGGGUCGCUGCUUUGGGGCUCAUCCACCUGCCCCACCUGUCAGGGGCGGGCCGAAUCCUGGAGGCCCAGGGGGCCCAGCUCCCGUGGGGAGCCGUGGGCGCUCGCUGCCCGGGCCGGGCCGACCAAUAUCUAGGAGGAGGACUGCUCUGAUUCUCCCAGGCUGUGUUGGAGGGGACACUGUUUCAGGAGACGUCGAAGAGCAGUCCUGCGGGCUCUGGGCCAGCUGUGUUGUUGCUCUUCCCUGGUCGCCCUCAGCUCCGUCCUCUGUGUGGCCGGAGUUCCAGGGAAGGAGAGUGAGCCGAACGGACUCUGACCAGCGGCUUCCCGCUCGCCGGACCUCCUGCCUUGCUCCCUCCCGUGGCCCAUGUGCUGCAUCCUUUGCCCGCAGUGUGCAGCCGGCCCCAACGCGAUGUGUGUUUGUCAAACCAUGGAAGUGGGGCAGUACGGCAAGAACGCCAGUCGGGCCGGAGACCGGGGCGUCCUCCUGGAACCCUUCAUCCACCAGGUGGGCGGGCACAGCAGCAUGAUGCGCUACGACGACCACACUGUGUGCAAGCCCCUCAUCCCGCGGGAGCAGCGCUUCUACGAGUCCCUCCCUCCGGAGAUGAAGGAGUUCACCCCUGAGUACAAAGGCGUGGUGUCUGUCUGCUUUGAGGGGGACAGUGAUGGUUACAUCAACUUGGUGGCCUACCCCUACGUGGAAAGUGAGAUGGUGGAGCCGGACGACACACCAGAGCGGGAGCAGCCUCGGCGCAAACACUCCCGCCGGAGCCUGCAUCGGUCAGGCAGUGGCAGCGACCGUGACCACAAGGAGGAGAGGGCCAGCCUGUCCCUGGAGGCCUCUGAGAGCGCCCAGGAGGCAAAGAGUCUGAAGGCGGAGCUGCACAGCCACUCCGACGUCCCUUUCCAGAUGCUAGACAGCAACAGCGGCCUUAGCUCCGAGAAGAUCAGCCACAACCCCUGGAGCCUGCGCUGCCACAAGCAGCAGCUGAGCCGCAUGCGCUCUGAGUCCAAGGACCGGAAGCUCUACAAGUUCCUUCUGCUUGAGAACGUGGUGCACCACUUCAAGUACCCCUGUGUGCUGGACCUGAAGAUGGGCACCCGGCAGCACGGCGACGACGCGUCCGCCGAGAAGGCGGCCCGGCAGAUGAGGAAGUGCGAGCAGAGCACAUCAGCCACACUGGGGGUCAGGGUCUGCGGCAUGCAGGUGUACCAGCUGGACACAGGGCAUUACCUCUGCAGGAACAAGUACUAUGGCCGUGGGCUCUCCAUUGAAGGCUUCCGCAACGCCCUCUAUCAGUACCUGCACAACGGCUUGGACCUGCGGCGUGAUCUUUUUGAGCCCAUCCUGAGCAAACUGCAGGGCCUGAAGGCGGUGCUAGAGCGGCAGGCCUCAUACCGCUUCUACUCCAGUUCCCUGCUCGUCAUCUAUGAUGGCAAGGAGUGUCGGGCCGAGUCCUGCCUGGACCGCCGGUCCGAGAUGCGUCUCAAGCACCUGGACACAGGGCUGCCUGAGGCGGCAUCACCCUGCGGCCCCAGCACCAGCCCCAGCAGCACCAGCCCUGAGGCAGGCUCCUCCUCUCCACCCAAGGUGGAUGUCCGCAUGAUCGACUUUGCACAUAGCACGUUCAAGGGCUUCCGGGACGACCCCACCGUGCAUGACGGGCCAGACCGAGGCUACGUGUUUGGCCUGGAGAACCUCAUCAACAUCAUGGAGCAGAUGCGGGACGAGAACCAGUAGGCCCAGCUCUGGGUCCCCAGAACCCCUUCCUCUCCACCCGCAGGCAGGGACCAUUGAUCUGAACUCGCUGCGAGGACACACAGACUUGCUUUUAAAGGGUUAUAUUUCUCUUGGGUGUAACUAAAAGAAAUGUUUUUAGCUGUAGCCUGGAAUCCAUAUAUAAAGAGGAGGAGAACAGAACGCGCAUCCUCUCGGCCAGGCUCCUGAGCCCUACGGCUCUGACUGCGGUGUCCAGGCUGACUUAGAAGAGGGGCCCCUGGUGGGCUUGUCAGCAGGGACAGGGUGUCCUUGGCCAUUGAUUUUUCUUGCCUAGAUUUUUGGAGUCUGUGGCUGCAGGGCCCUGGUGGUUGUGGGGCAAAACCCUGCACUUACACAGGCCCCUCCAUUCCUGCUCACCCCUCGUUCCUCAGAAGCAGAGGGAUUGGGGGUCCAUCUCCAGGGGGACAUGUUCUAGUGUCUCAGGGGUCAGCCGCUCUUUGACUGAUGUCUCCAGGACACUUCAAGGCCAGCUGCAUACAGCCGGACCCACCCUUCUGGGUUCCGAUCUUGGCCUGCGGCUAGAUUCAUGAGGCUGGGCGGAGUCUGCCUACAGCUCUCUUCACUGGAACCUGCUCCUCCUCCUCCUGCCUGCACACCCGAGCCGUCCUUUCCUCCCAAGAUCUCUUGCCCCACUGAAGGGGCCCUUGCUCUAUUGGGAGUCAGUGUCCCAGCAGGCCUCAGGGCCUCUGGUGAUUGGCCAAGGCAGUAUUUGCGGUUCUUGCGCUGUGAGUGGGGGUCUUCUUCUAGUUUGGGCAGCUGUGCUGCCUCCGGAUGGGCCACUCCUCCCAGGGCUCAGGGGCUGUGGUCCGCUCAGGGUCUCACCUUUUCCCAGGCCAAGCUCAAGGCAGCGGCCCCUUGUGGGGAGCUCCAGGCUUACAAGGGAGAACUUUAAACUUGUCUGCACGUGGGGGCAUUUUGUACUCUGGGUACAGGUGCCCACAUUCUGAUAAUGAGAAUUUUGUCUUACCAGUCUGGGGCUCCAUCAGUCUGCAUUUGUCCACCUACCAGCCCCUGCCUCUUGGGAUCCUCCCCCUGGGGUAUAGCCUUGUUCAUUAGUAAAUAUUGAUUUCCUUCAUUCUUUCCUCAGAUACUCUUUCCCAUUUUUGAAGUGGGUUUUUGCCCCGGGCCUUUCUUCAGCAGGUGCGGCCUUUUCAGAGAGAACUGGUAGCAGAACGACCUGCAGGAGGUGUUUUCCUGUUGGCCCAGCACCCUCUCUGCAGCCUGGAACCGACCCCUCGACACUGACAGUGGUGCAGCAAAGGCUGGACCAGUUACCCCUUCUUUCCCGUGGUUUUAGUUUUUGCUGCCAGCCCUUAAUGGCAGAGACCUGACACCUCUAACUCGUGCCCAGGAGGUGACACUGCAAUCACCUAACCAUUGCCAAGGUUAGUGCCCUCAUCUCCAAGCCUAGGACCACUGUCGCUGUCACUUUGGGCAUGUCCCUUUGGGCAUGUUUGGGCAUUAGAGGUUAAGCUUGCUAGCCUGUGUCUGUGAGAGGCCUUGGUGACCAAUGGACUAAUCUCCUGGUCCUUAGAUGCAGCCUCACACAUCUGAAUGGGCUCCUGAGUAGAUCCCAUUGCUCAGCCCUCUGACCCUGGUGCCAGUGGUGGGCAGGUUCCCAUUCUUUGGGACUGGGAGGGAGAGCUUGCCUGUUUCUGGUUGGUAAUGACCUGUCCUGCACCAUUCUGUGGCUUCAACUAUAGGGACAGUGGCUCUUCUUUAGUGUAGUCAGUCAUUUCCUGGCAGGUCAGAGGCUGAGACACAGGGCCACUUGAGAGACCUUUGAACCUCUCGGGCCUAGAGCUGUGCUGUGUCUCCGAGUUCCUAUAUUUUGGGAGCAGAGGGCUUGGGAUUUGCUGCUGCUCCCCACCGGUAGGUCCCCUUCUUUCAGCACUUUUGACACUUGGAGACGCAGCCCUGUUACCUGGUGGGCCUGUGUGCACGUGCACAUGCGCUCCGCGACCACCCAUUUCACUGCUCUGCCAGACCCUGUCCCUGCCAGGUCCUGCCUUUUUAGCCCCAACUCGGGACCAAAGUGCAACGUGGGAUCACAGCUGGGGCACUCAAGUGACCCCUCUAUAGUGCUUCCUCGGGCCAAGUGACACCAGCCCCCUAAGGGGUGGGAUUGGGCGGUGCUUAAAGAGGAAGGGGACCAUUACAGCAAUUUGCCAGGGACCCCACCCCUCCCUUACACUGGGAUCUGUGCAGUGGGCCUGGGGGCCCUCCCAAUGGGGCCAAAGGCCUAGGCUAGUUCAGUAGCCCCUGUUCACGCCUCACACCUGGCCAGGUGCACGCCCUUUAGAUGCAGAUUGCUUUGAACUUGAAAGCUGUUGUGCUGAGUUAAAAAAAAAAAACGGUUUAAUGAGAAAAACUUGGAGAACACUGGGAGAAUCCUUUGCUUCUCCUGGAACUGUAAGGCUUCGCCUCUGGGAACCGCUUUCUUGCUCCACUUUCCUGUCCUCACCACCGGAAGCCUGCUCCGGGUUUUUGUCCCAGCGCAGUUGUGCGUUUUCUAGAUGUCGCGUGCGGGGGAAGGGGCGCUGGGGCUUGGGCGGAGCCGCCCCCUUCUGUACAUCCAGCGCUUCCCGCCCCGCUUGUGUCUGAGGUCGUGUAUGUCAAAAUAAAGAUGCUAGGAACUCA